AGCUCAUGGUGUCCCAUAUAUUAAAGCUUUAAGGUAUCAAAAGCAGUGUAUUCAUAGUCAGGCUGAUCCAACAAGUAUGGGAAGAAUAGAUUAUUACAAGCCUGCUUUGGCCAUGAUUGGACUACAAUUCAUCUAUGCAGGAGUUGCUCUUUUCACAAGAGCUGCUCUCCUCAAGGGGCUGAGUCCCAGGGUGUUUGUAGUCUAUAGGCAGGGGAUGGCAACCUUGCUCAUUGCACCCAUAGCUUUUGCGUCAAGGAGAAAAAAUUCGUCCAGGUGCUCCCUGGGGUUGAAGAGCUUUGCUUGGAUAUUUCUGGCUUCUCUUCUUGGUGUUACGGCCAAUCAGAAUGCAUAUUUUGAGGGGCUCUACUUGUCAUCUUCAACAAUAGCAAGUGCGAUGACUAAUCUAACCCCCGCAGUCGCCUUUGUUAUGACUGCCAUUCUUGGGCUGGAGAAAGUUAAUAUCCAAAGCUUGACCAGUUUAGCCAAGAUACUGGGAACAGUCAUCUGUGUUGGUGGAGCCAUAUCCAUGACAUUGCUCAAAGGCCCAAAGCUACUAAACACAGAACUACUACCACCAAAGUCAUUGUUCAGCCCGGGAGGAGAAAAUUGGUUGCUGGGUUGUCUACUUCUACUUGUAAGCAGCAUUUUGUGGUCACUUUGGAUGGUCUUGCAGGUUCCAAUUUCAGCCAGCUGCCCUGAUCAUUUGUAUUCAUCUUCUUGGAUGUGCUUCUUGGCCACAUUGGAAUCAGCAACAGUGGCAUUUUUAGUAGAGAAAGAUCUAGAAGCUUGGAGUCUGAAUUCAUAUCUAGAGCUUUCAUGCUGUUUAUUCACGGGAAUUGCUUUGGCGGUGUCUUUUUUUGUUCAAGCCUGGUGCAUUUCACGAACAGGUCCACUCUUUUCUGCAAUGUUUAAUCCCCUAUGCACGGUAAUUGUGACUAUCAUUGCUGCUGUAUUCCAACAUGAGGAGACAUAUACUGGAAGCUUGGUUGGCGCUUUUGCGGUGAUUAUUGGUUUAUAUAUUGUCCUAUGGGGUAAAGCUAAAGACGUUGAAGAGAUCAAAGAAGGGUUGGAUCCAAAGCCGCUCAACAAUCAGACAAGAAUCGUACAAGCCAUGAUAGACGAAUCCUCUGAGAAGACUUGUAAAAUUGAUCUAGAAGAACCUCUUCUGUCUGAUAAAUCAACUAAGGAUGAUGAUACUUGGAUGAAUCAUAAAUGACCAAUUGCUGUUUCAAAUUUAUUUAAGAAGACAAUAAUACAUUUGUCUCUUAUUAGGAAUGUCCUGUUUGAGGCUUCUCUGGAACGAACAGGAUUCCCCCGCCAGUAACUGCCCUUCAAACAGAAGAUAACAAAACCAAUUUGUUAUCAACUUAUU